AUGGCUGCUUCAGUUACUUCCCAGAUUCAAUCUGCGCUAGGCCAUGUAUCAGUGUUAUUAAUCAUAGCCCCUUUGUUCGCUCUUGCAAUUAUAAUAAAAGCUAUCUGUAACGAUUGUUGCUACGCUCGAUCAAGGCGUAAUGGAUUUGAUCACCCAGACAAUGAUUUCCCAACUAUGGAAAACAGGGGUUUGGAUAAAGAGUCUCUGGAUGGUCUGCCUAUAGCUGAAUAUAAAUCACAGAGUAUGAGCGAAGAUCUCGAAUGUGUAGUGUGUCUCUCUAACUUUGAAGAGAAUGAAAAAAUUAGGGUUUUGAACAGUUGUAAUCACAGCUUUCAUGUAGAGUGCAUAAAUAUGUGGUUGCAAUCCCACACUAGUUGUCCAAUUUGCAGACAAAGGGUGUCAUCGAAUGGAUCUCCCACCAUAAUGAGUUCAAGCAGAGGGAGAGAAGACACAUCCUCAACUAUUGAUGGUACAAGUGUGAGUGUUGUUCGUCUGCAUCUGGUGAGAGGGCAGAGAAGCUCUAGAGCAGUGCAGCAGUCAAAUCGAGUAAAUGUGUUAAUGUUAAUGAACGAGGCUUUGAGUCAUCAAGGAAUGUAUGCUGGAAGACAAGCGCUACACACUGCUAUUAACAUUGGACCUUAUUAG